AUGUCCAAGCGACUAGCCUCGGAGGCUCUCGAAGAAGCCCUCAAUGCAGACUCGCCGGCCUCCAAGAAAUCAAGACUAGGCGAGCCCGACAGCAGCCCCGCUGCCGACCAAGAGCAGAACGGUGCAGGGACAAACGGGCGACACGACAACGACGAUGACGGCGACGACGGCGACGGAGAGGAAAUAGUGGACUCGGACCUCGACGACCUUCCAGAGGAGAAGGCACCGAUCCGCCAGUCGGCGCCGACGGCAGGGUACGACGACCUAUACCUGGACACGAUAGACCGCGGCGCGCUGGACUUUGACUUUGAGAAGCUGUGCAGCAUCUCGCUGUCCAAUAUCAACGUGUACGCGUGCCUGGUGUGCGGCAAGUACUUCCAGGGGCGGGGCCCAAAGUCGCACGCGUACUUCCACGCGCUCGAAGAGAACCACCACGUGCUCAUCAACAUGGAGACGCAGAAGGUAUACGUGCUCCCUGAGGGCUACGAGGUUAAGAGCAGGAGCUUGGACGAUAUCAAGUACGUGUCGGACCCGCGGUACACAAAGGCGGAGGUGGCGGGCAUCGACCGCAGGCCUAGGACGAGCUUGACCAUCGGCGGGCGCGAGUACGUGCCCGGGUUUGUGGGCAUGAACAACAUCAAGGAGAACGAUUACCUCAACGUCGUUGUGCAGGCGCUGUCACACGUGGCCCCGCUGCGCAACUUUUUCUUGCUUGAGGACUUCAGCGGGAGCAAGUCGGAGCUGGCCAAGAGGACGAGCAUCCUCUUCAGGAAGAUCUGGAACCCGCGCGCCUUCAAGUCGCACGUCAGCCCCCACGAGCUGCUCCAGGAGGUCUCGCUGCGCUCCAGCAAGCGCUUCACCCUGACGCAGCAGUCAGACCCCGUCGAGUUCCUGUCGUGGUUCCUCAACAAUCUCCACCUCAGCCUCGGCGGCAGCAAGACCAAGCCCGGCUCCAGCAUGGUGCAGCGCGUCUUCCAGGGCAGGCUCAAGGUCGAGUCGCAGGCCAUCACCGCCAAGGCCGACGUCGGCGACCGCCUGCGCUUCGAGGAGGCCGCCGAGGUCAAGGUCGAUGCCAGCCGCUUCCUCCUGCUCACCCUCGACCUGCCCGCCGCGCCCCUCUUCCAGGACGAGCAGCAGCGCAACAUCAUCCCCCAGGUCCCGCUGACCACCAUCCUCUCCAAGUACGACGGCCGUUCUGCCCAGGAGCACCUCGCCCACAGGCGCCGCUACCGCCUCAUGCACCCGCUGCCCCCCUACCUGAUCCUCCACAUCAAGCGCUUCAGCCAGAACAAGUUCGUGUCCGAGCGCAACCCGACCAUCGUGACCUUUAACGCCCGCGACCUCGACGUAUCCCCGUAUGUCGAGCCCGACCCGGCCGUCCACCCGUCGGGCGAGCCCAUCUGGUACGACCUCGUGGCCAACGUGGUGCACGAGGCUGUACGCCUGAGGGAGGACGUUGCGGAUACCGGCGAGGAGCGCAAGACGUGGAAGGUCCAGCUGCUCGACAAGGCCAGGGGCGAGUGGGUUGUCUGCCAGGACUUAUUCGUCGACAAGAUACAGCGGGAGCUGCUGUGCAUGGGCGAGUCCUAUCUGCAGGUAUGGGAGAGGAGGAGGGAGCCCGGCGGGAAGGCAAAACAGGGCAGCAGCAGGGCGUGAUCUUGGUGGUGGCAUUCACUCAAGUUACCGUCAAUAUUAUGAAAUGAAAAGAAAGAAAGAAAUGAAACCG